GCAAAAUAAGUGUUGUGCCUUUCAUUCUUGACAGUUCUCUCGCUCCCGGGGCGUCCAUGAAAGUUCGCGUAACAAGCUGGAUACAUCAUUUAACGUUUCGACGUUACCCAACCUAACUGGGAUGUUAUCAUGGACGCAGACACUCUACAAGAGGGAGAAGAGCAGCCAAUGAGGAACUGUGCUCCACCAUCUGACAGCGAAGCACCUGUUGGCAUUUUGGCACCUUCCCUCCCCCUCUUGAGAAACCACACGACUCCAGAACCAACGGGGAGACAUGACUUUGUUUCAGUUGACGAGGACCAGAUCAGCAGCUUGGAUCCGUCUGGUGACACAAAGGUGGAGCUCCAUUCAGAUGCCGGGCCGUCUUCAAAGUUAGACUCUGAGGAGACCGACAGCCCCUCGUGUCAGAGGAGCGUCUCCACCCCUCCAUCCGGCAGAGAGGAUGUUCCCACCGACCCCGACCAGAGUGACUCUGGGGAGUUUGUUGUCACGAUGCUGGCCAAAGCCAAGCUAGAGGAGCAGGGCAUCGGUGUAAAGGGCCGAUCUUCUCCCUUAAUCGAGGCAGGAAUCCAGGAAGCGUCUGCGCUCGCAUCCCAUCGCGAUGAGGACGUGACAGCCGACAGCUGGCGGCAGCACAGGAAGCACGUCUUUGUUCUUAGUGAGGCUGGCAAACCCAUCUACUCGCGGUACGGCAGUGAGGAGGCGCUUUCCUCCACUAUGGGAGUCAUGAUGGCGCUCGUGUCUUUUGUCCAAAGUGGAGAUAAUAUUAUUCGUUCUGUCUACACAGAGGAGCACACGGUGGUGUUUCUGCAGAAAGGCCCCCUCGUGCUGGUGUGCGUCUCCAGCAGCUGUCAGUCCGAGCAGCAGCUUCGCGGAGAGCUCCUUUACGUGUACUACCAGAUCAUCAGCAUGCUCACGCAGGCCAGCAUUUCCCGCAUCUUCGAGCACAAGAAGAACUACGACCUCAGACGACUCCUGGCCGGCUCAGAGAAGAUCCUGGACGGUCUCCUCAACCUGGUGGACUCCGAUCCCAGCUUUUUGCUUGCAGCGGUGCAUUGCCUGCCCCUAGUGUCGUCUCUCAGGGACUCCCUCAGCCAGAUCCUGCAGAAAGCCAUCACGCCCAAUUUGGUUUUCUCCAUCCUCAUUGCCAAGAACCAGCUGCUCACCAUAGUCCAAGAAAAGACUGUGAUCGAGGACGUGAGGCUGGAGCCGGCCGACGUUCACCUACUGCUUAACCUCAUCGGAGCCUCGUCUGCCUUCCAGGCCGGAGAGAUCUGGACUCCCAUCUGCCUCCCUCUCUUUAACCCGGACUGUUACUUCUACGCAUAUAUUUCUUAUCUUGAUCCCCCAGAAUGCACUGUGUGUUUGCUGCUGCUUUCGACAGACAAGGAGGCUUUCUACGCUGUAGCUGAGUGCAAGAGGAAGAUAGAGGAGGCCAUGACAGCCCAGAACUCGCUAAGCCUCAUCGCCAAAGCCCAGUCAUACAGCGUGAGCCAGGUCGGCGUUUCCGACCUCCGGCAUUUCAUGUAUAAACCCUUCGACGUGCCAGACAACUACCGGCAGCUCACUCAGUUCACCAGCCCGGAGAUGGAGGCUCCUUACUGCAGCGACGAGGAGAAAAUGCGUCUCCUGGAUCUGUAUCGGUACAUGCACAGCCGCAUUCACAGCACCUCACGGCCGCUCAAACUCAUCUACCACGUCGCUGAGAAGGAAACCUUGCUGGCCUGGGUAACCAGUAAAUUUGAGCUGUACACCUGCUUCAACCCCCUGGUGACCAAAGCCUGCGCCAUCACCGCCAUCACCAAACUUCUAAGAUGGAUUAAGAAGGAGGAGGACCGCCUCUUCAUCCGAUACCCCCCAAAGUAUUCCACUACUCCAAACCCCAGCAAGAGCUCUAAAAGCAGCAAAUCGGAGCAGCAGGACUCUGCAGAUAAUGGCUUGUCUCUUCUGUAAUAGCUUUCCCUCUUUCAAAAGUUAUUUCUACACUGGCUCCAGUAUAUUUUUGAAGUUUUUUCCCCCCGAGGAUUGUGGAUUUUAUAGACAAUGUAGGUGAAUCAGACACUACGUUUUACAUUAUUUAAGGAGGACUGGGAUCUUUGAAUCUCGUAUUCUUUUACCUGAAAGACAAAUGAGCUCUUUUACAGAAAAAUCAUGUGGGGGGUAAACACCGAAGUGAUGUUUCAAGGUUAUUUUAUAACAUGAAAAAGAGAGGAUUUUCCUCACAGAGAUAACGGUCAUUGCAAUUAUUUAUUGUUUAUUUCACUGAAGAAGAAAAAAAAAAGCGUCUACCUUUUUACUCAAGUAAUCUCAUGCAUUAACGUUUUAAAAUAUCUGCACAGUUCCUAACUACUGGUUAUAGAAGUGGCUUGUUUUUGGGAACAGUAUGAACUUGGAAUCAUGAUGCUGUCUGGAGAGAGAUAAGCCUUUAGAAUGAGCUCACUCAUCCCUUUAAAGGAAUUAGAAAACAUGACAGCAUUUUAUAGUCUUAACUCUCGUGGAACACGUUACCUUUUUGUGCAGAAAGGUUCCACGUUCAGAUCCUCAUUUUAGCAGUCUUCACCGUGUUCUCCACCAUGGGUUCUGCAGAUCAGGUGACCAUUUAAAAACAAAAUAAAACCUGGCUUACAAAUGUAGCUUAAUCCUUGUUUCUUCUCAGGCAUUUUCUGUGGAAACUUGUAGAAUUUGUGGUAUCAUGAAAUAAAUCCUGGGUUGUCCUGAUGGAAAAACAAGCUUUUGAAUCCAAGUUGGCUUACAGUUCAUUUCUUUCUUUUAUAGAUGAUAAAAAGGAAAGAUGGCCGCUUAUAACCAAAGGUCAGAAUAAUUCUAUUGUGGUAUUUAUUUUAGUCUGACAUGAAAAGUUGAACACAAAUGUUUAGUUAGGAGUAUUUGACCUUUUUACUUGAUAUGUAAUUAGAGCUAUAAAUUAAAUAUACUUGAACACCUGACCUGUCUGCAGGGCAGGUGAUGUGGUAAAUCUAAGCAUCGAAAA